UGAAUGUAAGUUUAUUUGGGGUUUCUUGUAGACAAAACUCCAUGAUACAGUUUGUGAUAAAAGACAAGCAGCAACUAUAGCAACCCAUGACAUGUCCAAACUAAAAGCUCCUCUUGUGUUUGAUGCUAAGAUUCCUGCUAAAAUCAAGUUAAUUCCUCUGUUUGGUAAGGAAGAGGUUGAUGCACAUAGCCUUGUUUCAUCUUUGAGAAAAGAAGCUGAUGAAAUUCGUAAAGAGAAGAAAAGAAACAAACUUAGUGGUGUGCAUAAGUAUGUAUUUUAUUUAGUUAUUUAUUUCCUAUUAUUGAUAAAAUAUAUGGUAAACAGUUAUGAUAUGAAAAUGUGGAGACAGAUAUUUCAUUUGUUAACAGGAAAGUGAGAGUAAGAUUCAACAACACUCAGUAGUUACUUGCCUCAUUGCAAGCAACAGUAUGUCUUUAACCUUUUAUUUGUUUCAGUCAUUAGACUGCAGCCAUACUGAAGAGUUUUAGUCAAAUGAAUGAACCCCAGUACUUCUUUUUAAGCUUGGUAUUUAUUCUAUUGGUUUCAUUUGCUGAAAUGCUAAGUUACAGGGGUGUAAACAAACUACACCGGUUGUGAAAUGGUGUGGGUGACAAACAGAAACAUAAAACAUACAUACAUAAGUGAAACUGAGUUUAAUGAGCAAUGUACCUUUUGAAAAGAUACCUGACAAGGCACAUCUGCAACAAAUGAUGCACCACAACCAGUUGUUCGGAGGGACCAGUGCAUAAUGGGUCGAAAUGGUUGUUGUGAUUAUAAAGAAUUUAGUGAAUUUCAUUUUCUCUUUUGCUCAUUUGUAUAUAUAUAUAUAUCAGAUCACCCACCUUCUAUAAUAAGGGGAUUAAUAAAAAACAUAUCUAUUAGAAUAUCAAGGCUAUCAACAAAUGACGAAAUUUUUAAUGCCCAUGCACCCUAUUAUAUGCAUCAGCUAGGGUGAAAUAUACAGAAAAAAUAAAAAAAUAUAUAUGAUAAUUAUAUAUGUAAUUCUGAUAACCAAAAUACUAGGAAAACUAGAACCAGCAUAAAAACAUGCAGUUGCAGACACGGAACUAGCAUAGAUAAUUUGAAUAGGCCAAAAUAAAAAAUGAAAAUCACUAAGAUAAAAGACUGGAAGUGAAGCACACCAAAAUAUAGGACUAACACAUAACACAUUAAAUAGUCACAAUCGCACAUCACACAUUAGAAGCAACAACUCGAGCAGAAAAUACA